AUGUCAUUCUCCAACACGUCCACGGGCGACAAGCCGGCCGACCCGUACUCCCAGGCGAACAAGGAAGAAGUCGACGUGCGCACCAAGGUGACCGACCUCGGGAACUUUGUCACGAAAUGCAAGUACGGCAUGAUGACGACAAGAUCGGCAGGCUCGGACCGCCUGGUGUCGCGCUGCAUGGCGCUGGCCGGGACGGUGAACAACGGAGCCGACUUGAUCUUCUUCACCAACACCGAGUCCGGCAAGACGGACGACGUCGCCGGCGACCCGCACGCCAACAUGGCCUUCCUCAACGCGGCGGGCGAGUGGGCCUCGGUGUCGGGGCGCGCGUCCAUCAUCACGGACCGCGACGCCAUCAAGAAGUACUACAGCCCCGUGCUCAAGGCGUGGCUGGGAGACCUGGGCGACGGGGUCCAUGACGCAUCCGAAAACGACCCCCGGAUUGGCAUCGUCAAGAUCGCCGCCGAGACUGCGACCUACGCCCUGUCGGCCAAGGGGCAGAUCAUGCAGGCCGUCGAGGUGGCUCAGAGCACGCUGACGGGCAAGCCUGCUGUGGUGAACAGCUUGAGACACGUAUCAGAAGAGGAGUUCAAGGCGUGGCGUGAGCAUCAGGUGUAG